AUGAGGGGGAGAGCGUUUGGUACAGAACCUGGCGGCUGGUCAUCCAAAGCCCGCGUCAAUGGAUGCCGUGACGGCGGUGGCGAUGGACCUGCAGAGCGUACAGAGGAAGCUAUUAUCGAGGACAACCGAGCGGGGUCAGUGCUUGCAUCCACGCCCAACCGAAGAAAACCCCUCGUGUGGGUCGAACCCGUUGCGUUGAGCUUAAAACGGGACAGGAAAGGGCUGGGGAAAGAGGAGGAGGAGGCGGAGGCGGAGAGGCAGAAGCUGCUGCGCGCAGAGGCAGCAGCGCGGGUGAGGCGGAGAGGCGAAGGGGCGCUGAGAGGGGAGUUUGAGGAGCGGCGGAAGGGCAGGUGGAGCGAGUGGAAGGUGAGGGGGGCGUUGAGGAAGGCGAGAACGGCCCUGGUGCACCUGGAAGGGGGAGAGGAGUGGCUUAAAGCCCAGGCUGUGCGGAUUGGCGCUGCUUCUUCCUCCUCCUCUGGUGCUUCUGCUGCUGCUGCUGCUGCUGCUGCUGCUGCUUCUGGUGGUGCUCAUAUGAAAGCGAAGAGGCUCUUGCCAGCCUGUGCCCAGGGGAAGACGAGGACGCUCACUGACGGCAAAGAGCAGGCAAGAAUGGUCAAGAAUGUUAAAAAGUGGUGCAGCCGCGCAGGCCCCUCUCUCCACCCCCCUCUCCUCUCUGGUUCUUAG